GCUCCUUCCUGCGUUGUUUCAUUGUUCUUGGUACAGUAUUUGGAUGAUGUGUAUUAGAAAAUUACACUCGUGACAUUCAACUGUGACUUUAUGAAAGUUACAACUUAAUUUACAAUUUUCUUUUUCAUUUAAGCUGUCCUCAUCUGAGGUAGUUGAUUGCUGCCUGGCAGAACAUUGUUGCUACAUCCCAUCAGGGAAAUUCAUAGAAACAGGCAUCAACAGAUACAGCUAUACUUAAGAUGGAUGUUCAAAAGCAACAAGAAGAAAAGUUCCGAGAGGCUUGUUGUUUCGGUGACACUGAUGCUAUCAUGACAUUGAUCUCAAGAGGUAUCAAUGUUAACAGUCAACAUGAAAUUAAUGGCUGGACUGGAUUACACUGGGCUUGCAAAAGAGGGCAUACUGAGAUCAUUCAGUUGUUAAUGUCCCAUGGUGCUGAUCCAGAGAUUGAGAACAACCAGGCACAAAAACCAGCUAAUUUAACUACCAGUGCACAAAUACUACAUCUUCUAGGUGCUGAGAUCCCACCAACAAGUGAAGGAACAGCAGGAAACACAGACUCUCUCCCAAUAACACCCAGCUAUCUAUCAAAUCCUCCUAUUGACUACAAAGUACCUGUAAAUCCAGUUAGUAUGAAGAACCCCUUUGGAAAACCUCUGACAAAUGGAAUUGAAAGUGCAGAUUCCUGCACUGUUUCACAGUAUGGAAAUGGUGUGGCUACACAUCCCUCCACUCAAAUUUCUGGCUCUAACUAUGUGCAAGAUUCUUUGGCUAGACAAAACAAAGAAAUUGUACUCAAAGUGCGACUUGCACAUUCAGAUGAUCCAGAUUUUAUUGAGAUUGAAUUUCAAAAAGCACAAAUCAACUAUAGUUCCUUGUUGACAACUUGCUGCAGAGAAAUGGCUGUAAAUCCUCAGUUGGUGGAAAGAAUAAGAAAGCUACCAAACACUCGCCUUCGAAAUGACAAAGAUGUACAACGCCUCACUGACUACACAGAGCUGGAACUGGUAAUGAAGGGUCAGAGUCGUCCUCCUGUUGUACGAAAUGACACACAGUCCACCUCAAAAAAUAACUACAGCUCAAUUCAUGGAUUCAAAAAUCAGACCAUUUUGUAUUAGGUGAAUAUUUUCUCUUACCCUUAAUGUGUUUCAUUGCAUAUAAAACUGUAGUCUCACACUGAGGAUGGAAGGCAUUACUUUGUGUGUGUGUGUGUGUGUGUGUGUGUGUGUGUGUGUGUGUGUGUGUGUGUGUGUGUGUGUGUGUGUGUACUUAGUUGCA